GUGUAUGAUAUUCUUCCACUGACGGAGCUGCCAUUCUAAAGACGAGUAUGGAUCGGCCGGGAUCCGAGUAUCAUCAAAUGGUUCUUCCUCUCCACCAGUUAGAACGAAACAAAGAAUUAGCCGAAGAACGACGAAACCAGUUGUUGGAGAUAUUCCGUCGUAUCGGCAUCAUCAUGCUGUCACUGAGCUUCCUGCUCGCUGUCAUGGGACUGACCGCCAUUUUGUUUGCCACUGAGACGCCCGAGUUUACUUUCGCGACGGGAGUUCCUCUCAUCAUAGGUCUCCUGGGGAUUCUUGGAGCGGUGGAGACAUAUGUCCUGGCAGUCAAGGGGACCAAUCUAGAAAAAUACACAAUGACGAGGAAACUGAAAUGUCAUUUUUACGGUUUUGCAUUUACCACGUGCGGAGCUUUGUUCUCGGGAGUUGCUUACCUCAUCAUCAGCCUCUCCGAGCACUCGGACGCCACCACACUCGUGCACGGGGCAGAUGACGGAAUACGUCAUCCGCUGGGCGUCGUGCUUUCCAUUCUCAUCGCGAUGGUCUGCGCAUGCGGCAUGAUUGCCCUCGGUUUCCUCAUAGCGUUCCAGCGCCCCCUGGGAAACGGUGAGAUGGCUAUUUACGAUCGAUGGACGGAUGACACAAAUCGGGCGGAAAGCGCCAAACAUAAAUAUUUGCAGAUGAAAACCCUGAGAGAGGAUGAGCCGCCGGAUAUGAAGGGUCAUCUUGAGUUUGAGAACCCCAUGAUGUUUGGUAAUGGCGGCGUUGGGGAGGAGAAGCCACCGGAAGCUAUUAUGGAACCGUUGAUGGACAACCGUGGAUAUUACGUGUGGAAUUAAUUAAAUCGGACCUACAAAAUACUCAGUCCUACCCUGCGUCCAGAGACAGUGAACAACGCUAACGGUCAUUUUCAUUCAUACGUAUUUUGUUGUGCUUAUAUCCAAUUAAGGUUCAAGCACGUUGUCCUAGACACACACCUCAGUUAUCUAGACCGAUGGCUUAACCACUUCACCACAGAGGCUGGUCACGCUAACUAAAUGUUGCUGUUCGGGUAGACGUGAAGCAAAUGCUUCCAGUGAACGUGAUUCUGUUCUGACUAGCAGAACGUCAGGCCUCUACAGGCAGCUGCCGCUAUCUUCGGGACGACUAGAUGGCCACAGUUUGCUUCAUAUAAUGAUGCGGGCUUUUAGUAAUAUCACUAGCUUAUAAAUAAAUUACCAGGAAGCAGAUAUUUUACUGUUCUCCCAGGCAAAAUACUGCUGCGCCUGAUCUAGAAUUGUUGGUUUACGUGCCUGAAUCCACUGGAAGUUCAGAAGUGUCCACCACAAAUUAUCACCGACAAUGAUUCUGUAAAAAAAGAAAGAAAGUCUGUGCCGGUGUAAAAGGAACGCUGGUUCCUACGAACAGUAGUCCUGUCGGACCUCCAUAGCUUAGGAACCAUAGUCCUACCCGGACUUUCAUACCUGGUUUAAUUUUAAGUGGGUUUUUUCACUAGGACCUUUAUUCCUUCCGGACUUAAAUUCCUUCUACAGUGACAGAAAUACUAGUCCGGCAAAUUAGAUGUCCGAUUGUUAAACUCUGCAAUUUGCACGAGCUGCCAGAAAGACACUAGCAAAAAAGUGAUGUUUUGGCAGCUAUACCUCGUUGUGUGAUGGAUAACUGUGCGAUUCUCGUAAGAGUAUUGUGGGUUUGAGUAUACACUUAAUUAUUUGUUUACGUCAGAGACUUGUGGAUCGGACUUGUGAGUGAAUUUUUGUAAUCGUCUUACAUUUUUGUUAGCAUAUUGAAGUAGGACGAGUAUCUUGCUUUUUUCAAAAGUAUAUAAUGCAACUACAGAUAUAAAGUAGGCUAUAAUUAUGUCCAUGUGUUCAACAAGAAGAAAUAUAAAUAAAAAACCCAAUGUGGAGCCUAAAAUUGUUUUUUUUUUAAAGAUAUAUGAAAACUGGUAACAUAAAAAACGUAACAUUUGACGAACAGCAAAAGGCAAUUUCUAUAUACACCUACAUACUUUUUAAUAAUAUGUUUUGUAAGUUUAUAUUUUGACUGCAAGUCACAAUCCGAUUAAUUGUGAUUUUCUUAAUCAUUGUCCGACCGGACUUCCAUUUCUUGGAAUCCUAGUCUGUGGGACUUG